AUGAUGCACCAUCUUGAUUACGCAAACGGGCACCAUCGGCACGGUGACGGUGGGCCGCCGGGAGUUAUGCUGCACGAAUCGUCCUACACCAAUCUCGUCGGAAGCAUGCCGACCAUGCCGUCCGAUCUGAACGGCACGGAUUUCCUUCACCACUACGGCCCGGCGGCGGCAGCCAUCGACUACUGGAGUCCGGUUUCGUACAAAAAUGGCACCAAUCCGAUGAAGGCGAUGGAAGCCUGCAUUCAGAAUGCCAACAAGGGCCAAUACAACCCGCUGGAACAAGUGGAGCAGCUAAGCAUCAGUUGCGACAGCAAGCAGUCCUCGCCGGUUCACGGUGGCCAUCCUUUGGCGGGCCCCAACCUCAACAGUCUCAAUCUGUCCGCCAGCCUGAACCUCAACCUGAACAACAACAACAACAAUGACCUCAGCAGCAACAAGAAUCUCCACGAACCACUGGCAGCAGCGCGUCCGUCGAAAGCCACUCGGACCGGAAGUGAGUUUGGGGGCGUCCGGACGAGAGCCUCCCGAAGACACAACAUCGGCUCCCAAAAUGCGUCUUCCCGGGCGACCGACGGACAGCGGGUGUGUAUGGGGGAGCCGGACGAGUCGGGUAGUCCGGACGAGGAGGACGCAGGACAUCCCGGUGGUAGUGACGGCGAUACAUCUGGUGGUGGUGGUGGUGGUGGCGACGGUGAAGUUGGUGACGGCGGUAGUAGACGGGGACACCCAGCCCUGGCGGCGAACGGACGUGACUCUUCCGCUGGCGGUAAAGCGGGGCCGUGUGCGGCGGCGGCCGCACGGAAGGUGUCGGCCACGGUCGAUCCGGAUAAGCCUUAUCAUCCGACGCUCGGCUCGGUGGUGGUGGUGCUCGAGGGCAAACACUUGUGGGACAAAUUUCACGAGCAGGGCACCGAGAUGAUAGUGACCAAGGCGGGCCGCCGCAUGUUCCCGACCUUCCAGGUGCGGGUGGAGGGGCUGAACCUGGCCACCGAGUACCUCAUGAUCAUGGACUUUGUGCCGCUGGACGAUAAGCGCUACCGAUACGCGUUCCACACCUCCAGUUGGGUGGUGGCCGGAAAAGCGGACCCCAUUUCUCCGCCACGGAUCAGUGUCCAUCCCGACUCGCCGGCCACCGGAGCGACCUGGAUGAAGCAAACCAUCUCCUUCGACAAGCUGAAGCUCACCAACAACCAGCUGGACGAUAAUGGGCACAUCAUUCUGAACUCGAUGCAUCGCUACCAGCCACGGCUGCACGUGUGCUUCUACACGCGCAACGGCGUUAAGGACGAACGGGAUACGCUGACGCACCGAACGUUCGUCUUUCCCGAAACAUCCUUCACGGCGGUGACGGCCUACCAGAACCAACGGGUAACGCAGCUCAAGAUCGUCAGCAAUCCGUUCGCGAAAGGAUUCCGGGACAACGAAACCAACGAGGACUCCCAGGAACGAUCGGCUCCGGCCAUGAGCGAACGGUUGAAAAAUGAGCGCAGCUCCAGCUACAACAAGAAGGAUAGCGAAAUGGUUGAGGCAGUUUCGUCACUAGCGCCGACGACCGCUGGCGCCGUCAGCUCCUCCGUGAGGAUAUCGCAGGGGGUGUCGGCGGCUGGUGGACCCGCGGUAGGCACCACCGUGCUUUCGAUGCAUCCAUCAGCACACCCAUCGGCGCUGCAUCAUCUGCAGCACCACCUGCAACAACAGCAGCAUCAACAGCACAGCCAUCUUCUGCACCAAUCUCCCGGUAGCGGCUCCAGUAACGGCAGUAACGCGAGUAACGCCAGCAGCACCGGAAGCACCGAUAGUGGCGCCAAUCAUCAGCAUCUUCAACAGCACCAUCAGCACCAUCAGCAGCAGCAGCAGCAGGGACUGAAUGGCGUUGGCCAUCAUUCGCCUUCCCUCGGGUCACCGGGCGCAUCCUUAUCGCCGUACGCCGCCGGAAGCUCGCAGAUGCUGGGCCAACCGUACGCAUCGGACGCGAGCGGGUUCGGUCCAAUCUACCACCAUCAUCACCACCACCAUCACCACAAUCCGCUCGGGGCGCCCACGUACAUGGCGCCGCACCCGUCGUCGUUCGGCGACAAGUACAAACUGACCACACCGUCGUCCUCUGCCUCCCCGCCACCACCUCCUCCGCCGCUGCCACCACCCAACACGCUGACGCCACCGGGGACCGCGUACACGGGCCACUAUCAGAGUUUCUACGCCACCGGCACAGGCCACGCAGGACAUCCGGCCGUGGCAGGCGUCACACACCACGCCACGAUGGUUCACGGGCGCAUGGCUUCGAUCACCUGCCGGGAUCGUCCGGACCACUCGUGGUAUCCUUAG